GAGAUGUUAUUGACCACUAUAGUGGACAGAGGCUGGAGAUCACAGAGGAAAUGACACCAGUGGAUUUCUCCUUUAACCGGCUUGCGGACCCAAAAUUCUUCUUUUAUGAUCAUACUCUGGUAGAGGCUAUAAAGCUGGGGCUUCCAGACGUUCAUGCUUUCUUCAGAUUACUUGCUCUCUGUCACACUGUCAUGGCAGAAGAGAAAAAGGAGGGUGAUCUGGUGUACCAGGCCCAGUCUCCUGAUGAGGGCGCUCUGGUCACGGCCGCCCGUAAUUUCGGCUUUGUGUUCCGCUCACGCAGCCCUGAGACAGUGACAAUAGAGGAGAUGGGGAUUCAGAGGAGCUAUGAGCUGCUAGCCAUCCUGGAUUUUAACAAUGUGCGAAAAAGGAUGUCUGUAAUUG